AGUCUCCGUGUAAACACAGUCCAAAGCGAACCGUCUCUUCUCUCUCACUCACAGCCGGUCAGUUACACUUUGACUUCAUCACUAGUCUUAUAGAUGGGUCAUUGAUCAGGUCAGCUGACUGUGCUGGUUCCACCUUAACUCACCAACAGCCUGCAUGUUAGCCAGGAUCUUUACUGGGACGUCUGAAAUGUUUCCUCCUCCACAGCUCCGUGAGGUCUCCACGUUAUGAGGUCAACUCUUGGCCCAUGGGGUUUGUUUGGCAGCCAUCUUGAACUGAUGUCCACGCUCCUACAUAAAGCACAAGUCGACAAGUCUUCUCAAGCUGAAAAUCACAAGCUGCAAACAAGACAAAUGUGGGGAGCGUGUCCAGCUCCUCGGGCAGAGGUUUGUCUGCUCAUCUGUGGAGUUCCAAGACAAAGGGACAUCAUCUGAACCAAAGACAGGACACUGGACCAAGUCCUCAUCCCUGAGACACAAGAUGGACAAAACACCUGGACAACAUCUGGACAAUGGAGGCCAUUAAAGAGUGAAAGAAAAUGACCUAAGAGUCCAGAAGCAUCUGGACAAGACAUAUCAAUCAGACAGUAAAGACACUGAGGACAGCAGACUGACAUCUGGACAGUAAAGAUACUGAGGACAGCAGACUGACAUCUGGACAGUAAAGACACUGAGGACAGCAGACUGACAUCUGGACAGUAAAGACACUGAGGACAGCAGACAAAGAGGGUCGGGGGAGGGGAGAAUGGGAGGAGCAGUGUGUAAAGAGGAGGUGAAGGAGGAGAAGAGAAGGAGCGAGGGGAGGGAGGACAGUCUGACAUCAGUGGACAGAAUCCGUCGAUUCACCGUCAGACAGUUUGGAUAUAACGUCCUGAGUCUGGCUCGCCGAGGACUGAAGGAGGUCCCAGAUGAAUUGUGGGAGCUGUUGGAGUUAGAGAAGCUGAAUCUGUCUCUCAACAGUCUGAAGGUUCUCCCUUCUCAGCUGGCUCUGCUCUCCAACCUGGUUGUCCUCAACCUGUGGGGCAACCAGCUCAGCAGCCUGCCAGCAGAGAUCGGACAGCUGAGGAGACUACGCGUUUUAUUCGCCUACAGAAACAGACUGACUGAAGUCCCUGAGGAGCUGGGAGCCUGUACACAGCUGGAGGUCCUGAGUCUGGCCAACAAUCAGCUGUCCUCGCUGCCUGCUUCUCUCUCCAACCUGACUCGACUGAGGAAACUCAACCUGAGUCACAACCACAUCGCUCACGUCCCGGGCUGCAUUUACAACAUGAAGGCUCUGGUGUUCCUCCACCUGGCCUAUAACCGUCUGGAAAAUCUGGCAGAGAACAUCCAGGCUCUGGUGGAGCUCAAGAUCCUCAUUGUGGAGGGAAACAGCCUCCACUCUCUGCCUAAAGCUCUCUGCUGCCUCACCAGUUUGGAGCUGCUGAAUCUGGACUUUAACGACAUUAAAGAUGUUCCACAGGAGAUGCACCAGUUGUCUCGACUGGAGAAGUUGGCCUGCCAUCCUCUGGAUAAAGGACUCCACAUCGUCCACAACCCGCUGCUGAAGCCUGUGAAGGAGGUUCUGGAGGGUGGGCUCAGCGCACUCUUCAACUACCUGAGGGCUGGCGGCUGCUCGGUAAACGGAGUCAGUCUCUCUCAGGUCUGAAGAGAAACGGAGGAAAAAGAAGCGGAGAGAGCGUCAGUCAGUCCGUCUGUCCGUCAGCCCCACAGCGACAGA